ACUGCUUGGUCGAUGCUGUAGCAUUUGUGCUGUGACAUUGUCACGAAGAAGCAGCUAACGUAAUGGCUUCGCUCCGUAUCGUCGGAUGUGUUGUUGUGCUUCUAUUUGCUCUUGCCAUCGAUACGUCGGCAGUAUCGAGUUUCACAAAAGAGCUGAAUGAAGUCAAACUAUACUUCUUCUCACCAACGCUGAAGCAAGAGAUGGAUGUGGAAUCGUUCGUGACGCCACCGCAACUGGACCUACGUCGACAGCUGAAGGUUCUAAUCCAUGGCUGGAACGCCGAUCGCCACCACGUAUCGAUACUUCCGAUACGUACAGCAUACUUGGUGCAGGAUGCUCACAACUUACUGGUGGCCGAUUGGUCUCCCGUUUCCGUACUGCACUAUCCGACCGCUCGUGACCUGGUACUGCCGGUGGGGAACCAUCUAGGUAGCAUACUAGCACGCUUCAUGAAACGGUUAGGCAUCGAGCCUAGCCAGGUGCAUGUUAUCGGGCACAGUCUCGGUGCGCAUAUCGCUGGCAACGUGGGACGGUACUUGGGCGGAAAGGUACACCGAGUGACGGCACUGGAUCCGGCCGGGCCACUGUUUGCUCUAGAUUCGAAAGAUGCCGUCGGACCAGACACUGCUCAGUUCGUUGACGUGAUCCAUACCGACGGGAUGACGCUGGGCGAGAAUAUUGUUCGCGGACAUGCCGACUUUUUCCCGAACGGUGGCACUCCCCCACAGCCCGGUUGCGAAACGCUCGACGUUUUCACACUGCAUAGCUGCAGUCACGCGCGGUCCACCGGAUUCUUUGCGGAAUCAAUUCCGCUACCGAACAGCUUCGUAGCGUGCGCAUGCAGCCGGGAUGAAAUUUCGAGACAGGCCGAUAUCUGUUUGCCGGACGUUCGUGACACAUCCUCGCGUGAGUGUGUUGCGAUGGGAGAAGCACUUGAGCUCAGUGCCCGUGGAACAUUUUUCACUCGCACAUCGCGUGUGCCUCCGUUUGGACUGGGCAAUCACACGAUGAGUGCGUCCAGCAUCUAACAGAACAGUGACGCUAGUGACACGUGUCUUCAAUACGUUCGAGUGGCCGAUUUCAUAGAAGCAUCAUGUAACCAGAGACACGCACUCACAUAAACUCACAUAAACACACGUGCAAAGAACCAUCUCGUGUUUGUACACUGAACGCCGUAAACGUUGAACCACCGGUGCUUUGGAUAAUGCUUGGAAUAGAAACACAUUAGCUUCACCCGAGCUCAUCAUGUAGCUAAUGGAGGUAUUAUAUGCUUGUCAGGUUAUUUUCAUACCUUAACAAGACAUAAUGUUGUCAAUUUGACUCAUCAAUGAACCCUCGCAUGGUUUACAAUUUUUGUCUACCGCUUUCGUUGUUGUCGCGGAACAAACGUUUUUCAUACUUUUUAUUUAAAAAAAACAGUAAGAGCCCUGUGAGUUGCACACUUUUUGUGUGCUACAAAGUGCUUUAUUGAGAAAAGUUUAAAAAAAGUAUACAAAAAAUUUAUUAUUAUUAUCACUAACAAAUUAAUGUUUACAAAUGUAACAUUUUGACGAACCAUCUGAACACGUGUUGUAUUCCAGCCCAGCUCAAUUUGAAUUUCCUGUCUCAUUUUUUCAACGCUACUUCAGAUCUUACUAAGAGGUCCACGCGUAAUGCCGUUUCUCUAUGUCAAUUGUUUUACAAGUCGCGCAUCCCUUUGCUUUGUUCGUGAACAAAACAGAUUUUGGCUCAAAAGGCACCGGAUAGAUAGAAAGCCCAAACGGCAGUCAAACAAUUUCAUUGCCUUGAGAACAAUCAUCUUACCAGUCAACCAGUUGAGUAGCAACACUGAAAGCAAUAUUCUAUUCCCGGAAUUUUGUGUACUUCGCUAUGAAAUGGUUUGUAUGUGUGUGUGUGUGUCUGUGUGUAUAUUUCAAAGUGUGUCUGUAGCAGUGAUCCGGAAGUACCAUUAUGAUAAGAAAAAUAAAGCAGUAAGUUAACUUUACCUUACAAUCGAGCCGUCACUACAA